CUUCAACUCUCAUCUCAUCAGGCCACGACUUGUCGUUUCACCUCUGAUUCCUGGAAUCCCCCUCUGGUGUUUUGAACGGUCACGCCGAUAUGGAUGAACCAAGUGCACAUAAGCUCUGCGGUCUCAAAGUACUUAUCGCAGGAGGAUCAAUUGGCGGUUUAGCCACUGCUAUUGCCCUCAAGGCACAAGGCCAUCAUGUUACUGUCUAUGAGCAAGCACUCGUCCCAGAUACAAUGGGCUCCGGGAUCACAAUCUUCCCGAAUUCUCUUCGCGCCCUCGAUAUGCUAGGCGUUGACACCGCUCAGAUUAGAGCGGUGAGAAUCAAGAUGAUGAUCAGGACGUCAAUAGAGGAAGAUGGUUCGGCUGAUGCCAUUGAAAACGAUAUUGAUGAGAAGGCUUGGCCAUGGUAUCAGACGACGUACCAAGAUCUCUUUGUCUCUCUCUGGGAGGCUGCACACGACAACUCCAAACCCGGUCCCAAGAUUGACAUUGUCACCUCAAAGUCGGUCGUUAGUAUUGAUCCGUCCAGGGCCUUGAUAUACUUUUCGGAUGGGACAGAAGCAGAUGGAGAUGUCGUCAUCGGAGCUGAUGGUGUGCACUCUGUUUGUCGAUCAUUCGUACCUGGAGGAAGUUUUCGGCGAUUCCGCAUUAAGCGUCACGUCUUCCGAGCCUUGAUCCCUCGCGAACGGCUCGAGAAUGACUCUAGGACGAUCAAAUUCAUCGAGACAGACGGUCGGGCGCACUGCUACAACCACCAAGAGAAGAGCCUUCUCAUCACCCCGGCGUCGAACGGCCAGAACCUGUGCAUCAAAUUCCUUUACGAAGAUCGUAUGGCGUUCAAGAACUUGAGCAAGGACUGGAGAGACCCGUCGAGCAAGAAGAAGCUUUUGCGACUUGCUGCCGGCUUGCCCGACGAAUGCAUGGCCCUCUUCGAAAAUAUUUUGGACCGGGACCUCCAGGAUCAACCGAUUUGGGACAUGGACCCACUGAUGACAUUUCAAUCCAACCGGAUGGCCUUGAUGGGAGACGCAGCACACCCCAUGCCACCAUACUGUGGCCAAAGAAUCGCCAUGGCACUGGAGGACGCUCUCGCACUGGGUGUCAUCCUUGAGCCCGAGACACCUAAUAGUGAGGUCGACGAACGACUCAAGCUUUAUUCCAACACUCGCAAGACCCGCGCCGUCGCCGUGCAACAGACGUUGAGAGGGCUCUCUGAGGCGGACAUGAGAAACUUUGCCACUGAAUUUGACGCAUACUCUUUCCACACGUACAUCCUUGGUCACGACGAGCGCGAGCACAUAUGUCAAGCCUUGUGUAUUUGGAAGAAGCAACAGUGUCUGAGGCAGGGUUCGAUGGGUUUUCUGGAGUUGCCGAAACCAUCGACGCAGAUAUUUGAAGAAGAACCUAGAGGAGACGAAGGAAAGAGCCGUCAAAGAUCUCCUUCGCCGAAGAAGUGGUGGUCGAUAGGAAGAAAGGGGUCCAAGACAUGGUCCAGGGUGUUUUCUUCAUCCAGAGAGACGCUUCGACCUGUUGUUGCAACAUCAUGAUACCAACGCCGGAGCACAAAGUAUGAAAGUACUGGAAGAAGGUAUGUACACCACGAUUGACUUGGAUAACGACUCAAAGACUCGAGAGAUCAAGAAGAAGGGGGCGUUUCAGGUAUCGUGAUGUUGUUGUUGUUGAUGUUUCUGCUCGACCCUUUUCUCGUAUCAAAUCCAGGAAGAGGGCGUUUUGGGAGCAUUGAGGGAAAUGUUUAAACCUACAGACGCUGUUUACGGCCUACAAUUAUCUGUCUCAACUG